AUGGACAUCAUCUUCCUCGGUGACCAUGAAUUCGAUGCCGUUGUCGUUGGUGCUGGUGGUGCCGGUCUGAGAGCCGCCUUCGGCCUUGCGGAGGCUGGAUUCAACACCGCGUGUGUUACAAAACUUUUCCCCACGAGAAGUCACACUGUUGCUGCUCAGGGAGGUAUAAAUGCGGCUCUUGGAAACAUGCACAAGGACGACUGGAGAUGGCACAUGUACGAUACGGUUAAGGGUUCCGACUGGCUUGGUGACCAAGAUGCUAUCCAUUACAUGACGAGAGAAGCCCCCCAGAGUGUUAUCGAACUCGAGGGUUACGGAUGUCCUUUCUCGCGAACUGAGGACGGACGUAUCUACCAGCGUGCUUUCGGUGGACAAUCGCAAGAUUACGGAAAGGGAGGUCAGGCUUACCGAUGCUGCGCAGCUGCUGACAGAACCGGCCACGCUCUCCUCCACACCCUCUACGGUCAAUCUCUCCGCCACAAUGCCAACUACUUCAUCGAGUACUUCGCUAUGGAUCUCUUGAUGGAGGACGGUGAAUGUAAAGGAAUUAUCGCCUACAACCAGGAGGACGGUACUCUUCACAGAUUCCGCGCUCACCACACUGUCCUUGCUACCGGUGGAUAUGGCCGUGCCUACUUCAGCUGUACCUCCGCCCACACUUGCACUGGUGACGGUAUGGCUAUGGUUGCUCGUGCUGGACUUCCCAACCAGGAUCUGGAAUUCGUGCAAUUCCACCCUACUGGUAUCUACGGUGCUGGUUGUCUGAUUACUGAGGGCUCCCGUGGUGAGGGUGGCUACCUUCUUAACUCAAACGGUGAACGAUUCAUGGAGAAGUAUGCCCCAACUGCUAAGGAUCUGGCCUCUCGUGAUGUCGUCUCCCGAUCCAUGACCAUGGAAAUCCGCGAGGGCCGUGGUGUUGGCCCAGACAAGGACCACAUCUACCUCCAGCUGAGCCAUCUUCCCGCCGAAAUUCUCCACGAGCGACUCCCCGGUAUCUCUGAGACUGCUUCUAUCUUCGCUGGUGUCGAUGUUACCAAACAGCCAAUUCCCGUUCUCCCAACUGUCCACUACAACAUGGGUGGUAUCCCAACCAAGUACACUGGUGAGGUCCUCACUCUCGACGAGAACGGAAACGACAAAGUUGUUCCCGGUUUGUAUGCCUGCGGUGAAGCCGCAUGUGUCUCUGUCCACGGUGCCAACCGUCUUGGAGCCAACUCCCUUCUCGAUCUCAUCGUCUUCGGCCGUGCUGUCUCUCACACCGUUAGGGACAACGCCUCCCCCGGUGCCCCCCACAAGGAGAUCAGCGCUGAUGCUGGUGCUGAGUCUAUUGCUGCUUUGGACAAGAUCAGAACUUCCGAUGGAUCCAAGUCUACCUUCGAGAUUAGAAAUGCUAUGCAGAGGACUAUGCAGUCUGAUGUCAGUGUUUUCCGAACUCAAGAGAGUUUGGAUGAGGGUGUUACCAAGAUCACUGAGGUUGAUCAAAUGUUUGCCGAUGUUAACAUCAAGGACCGCAGCAUGAUCUGGAACUCUGACUUGGUUGAGACCAUGGAGCUGAGGAACUUGUUGACUUGCGCUACCCAAACCGCCGUUGCUGCCGCCAACCGCAAGGAAUCUCGUGGUGCUCACGCCCGUGAAGAUUACCCUGAGCGAGACGACGUCAACUGGAUGAAGCACACUCUUACCUUCCAGAAGCAACCCCACGGUAAGAUUGAUCUCACAUACCGUGCCGUCAACGGACACACUCUCGACGAGGCCGAGUGCAAGGCUGUCCCACCAUUCAAGCGUACAUACUAG